AUGGCCCUCGCGGACGAAGUCGACGACUGCGCCAAAACCAUCCGGCACCAGCUCGACGGGACGGGCACACGCAAAUUCUGCCGCGCAAUCACCCUGAACCUGCUCCCCGAGCACCGCGAUGGGAAAGCGCUGUACGUCGUCGACGUGCGGCGCCGGCGUGUGAAGGUGUGUGUGCGCGCGGGUGCGUACGCGGAGGUGCCGGAGGAGUGCACGGAUGUGCUUGACGAUCUGGAGGAGUUUGUGAUGGAAUGGGCGCGGAAGAUGGAAGAUACCGAGGGAGCCUGCAAGCAGGCGGAAGAGUGGGAGGAGGCUUCGCGGACCGGGAAGGGUUUGGUGGGAUUGUCGAUCGCACAGCUGGUGGAACAGGGGAGGCAGGAACAGCGCCGCGAAGAGAGGAGGAGGGAGCGCCGGGAGGAGCGACGGAGGGCGACUGAACAGGCUGACGGGGAGCCUGGAGGGCACUGGGGUUAUGGCGGGCACGAAACAUCACGAUUUCGAAUAGUCGUGGAAGGCGAAAGAUGUAAGGCAGGGGGGCAUAAGGAACGAAGCAGAACAAAUAGAUUAUUUUUGGCUGACAAGGAAGGUGAAGGUUGGCUAGAGCCUCACAUUCAAUUGUGGCUACUCAGGAAGGCGGAUGCAAUCAUGGCGGGACCGCGAUUCAUUCACGCCUCAAUGCUCGACUGGCGGACACUAUCCUUCCGGGAUCUCGAGCUCCACAACGAAUACCUCGCCGAUGCAGUCGACGACUGCGCCAAAGCCAUCCGGGAAGAGCUCGACGGGACCAGCGCGAACAAGUUCUGCCGCUGGCGAGUCGCGUACCUGCAGGACGGCGGCGACUACACCCGCAUCAAGGCGAUCACGCUGAACCUGCUCGCCGAGCACGGCGACGGCCCGCAGGCUGGGAAGGCGCUGUACGUCGUGGACGUGCAGCGCAGGCGGAUCAAGCUGUGUCGAUUCCCAGGCAAGUACGAGGAGAUACCGGAGGAGUGCAGGGAUACGAUUGACGAGCUGGAGGAGUUUGUGAUGCGUUAUGCGCGGGAGAUGGAGGAGGGCGCGCGGGCCAAAGUGAAGUGGGAGGAAGAAUGGAAGCGGCUGUCACUGAUGACGAAGGACGGGUCCCGCUGCUUGAAAGAGGUGGAAGAGGAUAAGCGGCCGGAAGAGCGAGACGAGGCGCGGUGGCGGGAAGAGCGGCUGAGGGAGGCUGCAUGGGAUGUUGAGACUUACGCUGCAGAGGACGACGAAGAGGACCAGGGCAACGAGGGUGAGGUGGACGACACGGACGAUACCGAUGAGGUGGACGACGGGGGCCGGAUACACGGCGCGGAUGAGAUGCGCGAAGGACUGAGAUUGAUGGCGGGCGCCAAACGGAAGCGAGAGGACCAGGGUAACGAGACGGACGACCCGAACGCCGAUGUGGUGGACGAGACGCACGACCCGGCCAUUAGCCAAUGUCGUACCAAACUGUUAACAUCUGAGUUUGCGCCGGAACGGCAUACCCAGCAGCCCACUCUGGCUCUGAAAGAUCGUGCCGGGGGAUCCGAACUCUGGCGAGCACGUGGCAAGACGUCGGAGAACUGGAUACAACACAGAUCACCACGGCUGGCCAGCAGAGGGGCGUGGCAUGAGCAGGAAAAUGGAAUACACGCCAACGAGAGCGAUACGUACCCCGAAGGAAAUCCCCCGCUCGCGCGGGACGGGUCAGAAUGUGCACAAGGGGGCCGGGUGGAUGCGUGCACACUACCCCAUCCCCUCCGUCCUCUCCCCUGCGUACUCAUCCACAUCGAUCCGUCCAUCGUCUCCGGUCUGUACGACCGCAGGAGAAGGCGGGCGGCGCGAGGGCCAGUAAGUGGCCCCGGCCGCCUUGUGCACGUUGUGGCCCGCUGGCGCGGAACGGGACAGAAUGUGCACAAGGGAGCCGGGCGGAUGCGUGCUCCUCGUGCAAGGCUCGCUGCACAUCCCAGACGCGGAAUGGGCAACCAGACCUGCAUGAGGGGCAUGGGGGGAGAGGAGCAGGAACUUGAAGACAAAGGAUGGUUUGCUGGCGUCGGUUAA